AAACUCGCCCCCCAGUUUUUGCUCCGCCAUUUUCGUAAUAGCUAAGAGCAAACUGUGCUAUUACACUACGUCGAUCUGGUAAUACCAGCCUUUCUGAUUUGCAAUAGUAAUUUUAGGUUUCUUACCACCUUCAUCAGCUCAACAAAAUGUCGAGUGAGCAGGGAGAAAACAACAUCGAGGCGACGAUCGAGUUGCCGCAGCAGGAAGGAAUUAAUGGGAAACCCAAGAAUGAAUCCAGUUCAAGCAGGAAGGAGAGACCCCCUAAGAGAGGUGGAGGUGGUCGCUAUGAUCCCUAUGGCAACGUGAAAAGAUACAGAGUGUUUGUCAGUAACAUCCCCUACGAUGUGAAAUGGCAAGCCCUCAAAGACCUGAUGAAAGAGAAAGUGGGUGAGGUAACGUACGUGGAACACUUAAUGGACGCAGAAGGCAAAUCGAGGGGUUGCGCUGUUGUUGAGUUCAGAACAGAAGAACUUAUGAAGAAAGCAGUGGAAAGUGUCAACAAGCACAACCUCAAUGGGCGGCCUCUUAAAGUGAAGGAGGAUCCUGAUGGUGUCAUUGCUCAGAGAGAGAUUGGCAAGUCCCAACAAGCUGGAGGUCACCCAGGAGGCAUGGGAGGAAUGGGGGGUAUGGAUCGCAUGGGAGGGAUGGAUCGUAUGGGGGGCAUGGAUCGCAUGGGAGGUAUGGAUCGUAUGGGGCCCGGACCAGGAGGCCCCCUGGUCAGCAUUCCUCCCAGCCUUUUGAACAACCCCAACAUCCCCAAUGAGAUCAUUCAUGGUCUUCAGACUGGCAGGAUUGGAAGCACCGUCUUUGUGGCCAAUCUGGAUUACAAGGUGGGAUGGAAGAAGCUGAAAGAGGUGUUCGGCAUGGCAGGUGUCGUGUUGAGGACAGACAUUUUGGAGGACAGGGAUGGCAAAAGCAGAGGCAUGGGCACAGUGACGUUUGAAAUGCCCAUUGAAGCAGUCCAAGCUGUCUCUAUGUUCAAUGGGCAGCUCUUAUUUAACAGGACCAUGCAUGUCAAGCUGGAUGAGAAAUCCCUCCCUAAAGAUUUUGGACAACCAGAUAGAGGAUCCUCUCUUCCCCGUGGACUGAGUGGCAUUGGUUUGGGGCUGGGACCCGGAGGUCAGCCUAUCGAUGCUACCAUGCUGAACAGAGGAAGUGGAGGUGGUGGUGGUGGUGGUGGCAUGGGGAACAUGGGCCCUGGAGGAAUGGAUGGUAUGGGAUUUGGCAAUGUGGGCGGUCGCAUGGGAGGAGGAAUGGACAACUUUGGCGGAAUGAACAUGGAUCGUUUUGGUUCUUCAGGCAUGGGAAGAAUGAACGGAAAUUCCCUCGGCAUGGACCGCAUGAACUCCGGAAUGGACCGCAUAGGAGGCAGCUUGGAUCGCAUGGGAGGAAUGGGCAUGGACAGAAUGGAUCGUGUGUCUGAUCUGGACAGGAUGGGAUCUGGCUUUGACCGUAUGGGCUCUGGGAUGGACCGCCUGGGGCCAAGUAUGGACCGGCUCGGACCAGGCCUGGACCGAAUGUCAUCAAGCAUGGACCGCCUCGGCCCUGGAGGAUUUGACCGACUCGGCCCGUCUAGCCUGGAUCGCAUGGGAGGCAGCAUGGACUUUGGCUCCUCCAUGGGUAUGGAUCGCAUGGGCAACACCGGGCUUGAUAGAAUGGGAAGCAGCUUUGAUCGCAUGGGGUCUGCUGGAGGCCUCGACCGUUUCUCCUCUGGAGGGCUUGACCGCAUGAGUUCUGGGAUGGACCGAAUGGGAUCUGGAGGCGUCGGUGGUCAAUUUGAUCGGUCUGGAGAUAUGGACCGAGGAUUUGGUGGGAAUUCCUUCGGAGGAGCCGGAGCUGCAGGGCCUGGAAGUGGUGGAGCCAACAUGAGGAAGGGAUGCCAGAUCUUUGUCAGAAAUCUGCCAUUUGAUUUCACCUGGAAGAUGCUGAAGGACACCUUUAAUACAUGUGGUAUGGUCCAGUAUGCUGAUAUCAAGAUGGAGAAUGGGAAAUCCAAGGGCUGUGGCGUGGUCCGUUUUGACAACCCUGAAACUGCUGAACGCGCCUGCAGAACCAUGAACGGCUAUCGUCUGAACGGGAGAGAGAUCGACGUUAGGAUUGAUAGAAACGCAUAAUUCAUGUAUCUGUGUUGCAUCAGAUGAUUUAGUCAGUAAUGUCUAAAUCAUUCUUGGUCAUCAGAUUUGUCCUUCAGUAUACUUGGUUUAGUAAAUGUUGGUAAAUGUUUUUUUUUAUUUUAGUUGAUACUUUUAGUUAGCAAAUCGUAACAGUGGAUGUUUUUAGUUUUAGGUUAUUCUGGUGUUCUACUUUUUAGCGACCAAACUUUUAAUUUUUUCUUUUUUGUUCUGUUAUGCAUCACCUGUCAUUGCUUUUGUUCUGUAAGGUGUUUUGCUAAAUAAAUCAAGUUGUAUGAAAAUA